GUGAAUUAACGUGUAAUGUCAACGUUAGCUGACCCCCGUCCCCCUGCCGAGACUCGCAUAUCCAUUACCGAAAUUUCUAGCGAAGAGAACUACGGACGACAGUCAGAACACGGCUUGACGUACGACCCCGACUUCAUCUCAUCGCUGCCCGUGCUUUCGCCGCCGAGCAACGACCCGCUGACCCCCUCAUCUUCGCAACCUAUUCGCGCCUUGACCGCAUCGCAGUUCUCGCAGAUCCAUCUGCGGUACGCGCUGAGCCAUGCGCCAGACUCGGUCUUGUUCCCGUUCUUGCAUGGACUGGAGGAUGGCAGUGAUGCGCUGAGAGCAUUCUUUGGGUCGUCGUCCAGCUCCAGACCCGGUGGCGUCAAGAUCCCCAACUUCCGCGGCCUGGUGUGGGUAUCGACGGACGAGCCGGACGCGCUGCGCUCGCACCAUUCGCGGCGGCCAUCUGGCUCACAGCUGCCCAACACGAGCGGUCUGAGCAGCCUGGGCGGGUACGACGACGGGUACGGGUACGGCCAUCCCUACGACGACGAGGAUGAGGAGGACGAGGAGGACGACUACGAUUCGGACGACUAUGCAGACGAGGAGGGGGCAGACGACAUGGACAUUGACACGGACGACCGAGGGCACAGGCAGGGGAAGGAGAGGCAGUCGUCCCACAUCCAGAUGCACCCGGUCCACCAUCGCUCGACGUCCGCGCCAUCCACCUCCCCGAUCCCGUUCACCCCCGACGCCACCUCGCCGUCUGCCACGCCAACGCCGACGUCGUCCGCGAACCAGACGCACGACCGGCGCGCAUCGACCACGUCCCAGUCCACUGUCUCCUCGUCGUACACCACUUCGUCGUCCUACUCCAGCUCGGGGGUGUCGAGCGUGCCCACCUCGGUGUACUCCGCCUCCCCUCCGAAUUCGCCUAUCUGUCCGCCCGAUGCCUCGCUGUUCAAUACCGAGUGCCAGAGUCCGUCGCACGCUCCAGCCCGAACUCACGUCAACUUUUCCGAGCUGCACCAGAAGACGCAGUCGCCGCACCCGCAUCCCCCGCCUUCGCCGUAUCCCGAGCCUCCCCCGUUCUUCCUCACCUCCACGUUCUUCCAACGCGACCUGAUCAAGCCGAAGCCCAUCCCAAAACGUGUCACAUCCGCUGUCAACGUCAACGACGCAAAGGGAGUCAAGGCCGAGGAGCGCUGGGAGUAUGAGUAUGAGUUUGCUGGCGCUAACGUCCCGGAGGGGAUUAGUUUGAGGAAUUUCGGAGUCCAGGUGCCCAUAUACGCGACCAUUUCGGACAUCGUGGUGUAUUCACCCACCGGAAACACUGGACACGCUUUGCUGCUGGCAGAACGGUUCAGGGAAGCUGUAGAUAGGAAAAGGGAACAUCGUCAGAGAUUGUUAGGUGAUGCUGCGAAAGACCUCGUGCCUUAUAACGUCUUCGUGCUCGACGCUAGUCCGAGCGAGGCGAGGAAGGAGCUUCAGUGCCUCCUGAUGCGACAGGAAGAUGAGCUUCUAAGCGAUUCGGAUGAUGAGUCUGAGGGUCGGCCCGCCGAAUGCGACCGAGAUCACCGUCAUGGUAAGGUGAACGGGACAGCACACACGGAUAGCACGGACGCACACGUCGUGGGCGAGAUGGAGCUCGACGCCGAGCCGGAGAAAAAGAGCAAAAAGAAGAUGCUGAAGGCAAACACGAUCGACUUCGCGCAGCGCGAGAAGGAAGAGAUGCGCGACCUGACCAAGGCAUCGGAGAUCUUCUCCUGGUUCCCUGCGGCGGACAAGGAAAAAGGGAAAGAAGCAUCCGCGUCGAGCCCGCAGACGUACUGGAACCCGCUCGUCGGGCAGGUGUUCCUUGGCAACUCGAACGACGUCCCUCUCGCGCCUGAGGCGUACCCACACUCGCAGCAGCGCAGACAGGACGAAGAGCUGUUUGACUUCACGGACAACGAUCCCAAGAACGGCUUUGGGUAUGACGUGUGUGUGCAGUGCCACGACGCAGCGCCGUUCCCCACCACUGCGCACUUGAGGGCGGCAGAGGAUCAUCUCGCGGCACUGGAAAGCAUGUGGGUGGACAAGUGGUUGCAGAAGCAGGGAGGUGAUGAGGUGAUGAAGGAUGUCGACGAGAAGGAUGUGGAUGUUCCGCCCAGGCCACCGCCGAACGCGAAUGCUGUUAUACAUCUUCCAUUCCCGAGCAGCCCGCCAGCGACGGCCGUCAGCAUGAGCGCUAUUGUGCCGUUCAUAGCGUUCUUGGAACAGUUUUUGAGGCCUGCGGAUCAUGCGGCGGAUGCUGAAACACUCGGUGAAACCCCUACCAGCCACGCUCGGUCUGUCUCUGGAUCAUCGGGAUACAUCUCGCCUCCCUUGGCUCACCGCCGCUCGCGGCCUUUGAAGGUGCUCAUACACUCUUCCGAUGGAUACACGGAGUCAUCAGUACUUGCUCUUGCGCUACUGAUGGCGCUCCGUAAGCUGACGCUCCCCGAAGCAUACCUCGAGCUUCAGGUCGAGAAGAAGAGGAGCUUCUUUGUCUACCAGGGCGAUUUGGCGGUGCUGAAGCGUGUCGAGACCCGGUUCGAGAAGGACAGGCAGGUUACAAGUGCUUCGGGGAAGAGUGGGGCGGCUGUGGGGGUCGUUCAAGCUCGGUACCCACCCCGAGUAUCAGGCCCGGCGUACUCGUCUGUCACGCUAAAUGGAAGACCUGCUGCGAAUUCAGUCUCGAUAUCGACCAUAAACGUGCCACAAGUCAAAUCCGGACACGAUGUCGAAGGUGAUCCGGCCUCACCUCAAUCUGCCCCGGCGCUUAGCAGCUCUUCGCCAUCAAUAGCUAUGAUGGCCCCGUGGCAUAAUCGGAAUGGACAGCAGAUCAGAAGGCCGAGGGCAAGUACGAGUCCUGCGCUGCCUACCUUCAUCCCGAACCAUGAUACUUGGUUCAAUGACGCCAGGUUCGAUGGCAGUUUCCCAAGCCGAGUCCUGCCUUUCUUGUAUCUUGGUAACCUAAAUCAUGCCACGAAUGCCUACAUGCUCCAUGCACUUGGUAUCACUCACGUCGUCUCCGUCGGCGAGUGUGCUCUUGUCCCACCUCCUAACUUCCCCGUGCACGCUCCCGCUCCCGCAGACAAGGGGUGCCCCAUGACUCCAGGGAAGGGACCCGGAAGUCAAGGAUCUUUAUGGAUCGAAGAGAAAGAGGGACGAAUCAAAGUUCUCGACAUCAAGGGCGUGUGCGACGACGGCAUUGACACGUUGGCUCCGCAGCUUGAACCCAUCUGCGAGUGGAUCGAAAAGGCUAGACUAUCUGGUGGUCAAGUACUUGUGCAUUGUCGAGUAGGCGUAUCUCGCAGCGCGACUGUGACGAUCGCGUAUGUGAUGAAACAUCUUGGUCUGCCCCUGGUUGAUGCAUACUUGAUCGUCCGGUCUCGACGUUUGUCUGUCCUCAUACAACCCAACAUGCGUCUUCUCUAUAACCUCCUUGGUUGGGAGGUUAAGCUUGCUCGCGAACGCGCCGGAGACGACGAAGAGAAACUAAGAAAUGAACUUGCCAGAAGCUUGAAUUGGCCGUACCUUGCUAGAGAGGUCCACACUCUCAACGAGAAGUAUCUGCAUUAAGCGUAGAGCCGCGACUCUGACGUUUCCCUACCAUUUCGUUACCAUUGUACCUAAUCCAUACUCCCCCAAAUCCUGUGCCAUACCCUGCCAAUGUACGUGUAUUCUCGCUCAGUGCAUGUAUGUGUUGUUGUUAUAGUCUUGUCACACGUGUAGUUGUAAAGUCGUCGUAAUACUCCAACGUGUUAUCUCUAUCUGUCUUAC